ACAUUCCGAAUCUGGACAGAAGACGCGCGUUGUCCCGGACAGAGACACCUUGGCCGAGGUGAUCCCACAGAAGGCCACCAUAGCGGGCCCGUUGGCAUCAACGCGGUGGUGGUGUGUGCAGCACCGCUGCAUCGCGCAACCUUGGCCUGCUCGAUCGAGCACACGACACACACACACACGCCCAACCCUCUCGGUGCAACCAACCAACGCCCAAUACUCCUGAGCGCGACUGGAGAGACUAGUGGCAACCAUUGGGGGCUGCACCAGUAGCGACAAGGGCUCGGGCCCUGCCGGGACCAAGAUUCCGGCGAGAACAUCAGCAGUGACUCCGUGCCAAGUGGCUCCCGAUCCCGGGAAAUUUGACACGGCGCUCAGUCUACCUCAAGACAAGGAAGGAGAACUCCGCGCAACCGUCGAGCCCCCACAACAAAGCGCAUCCGUGGGCGACGACUCUUUGGUUCAAAAUCACCCACCAGCGGAAGCGGCAACGGCAACGGUAAGAGCGGCGGAAGCGCAAGCGCUCAACGUCGAUUCUUCUCCCGAGCAAAUCAACCUCAGCACAGCGAGUAGCGAAGAUCCCCGAUCUGCUACCCCUGUUCCGAAAGAGGAGGGAAAGGCGUCGAGUCAGCAGCCGGACGGCAACAUGGAGAAGGCGGGUGACGGAGACAAGAAAGCGUCCGAGAAGUCCAGCGACCAAGGGAGUUCGGCAAAUCUCGUAGGAGUGCAGCUAGGAGUGCCGGAUGACACGGAGGUCAUUGAUUGGGCCGCGGCCGUCGAUCAGUGUUCGGGAGACGUUUCUUUCCUUGAGGAACUGCUUGUGGACCUGUGGAACGAGUCCAACGCGCAUAUGGAGCAACUUAGGGAAUUCAUCCCUCGCGGUGCAAUGCGUGACACACAACAUGAAGCUCAUUCGAUCAAGGGUGCGGCCGCGAAUCUUAUGUGCCAUCGCUUGCGCCUUUCCGCAUUAUACCUGGAGAGGGCAGGCCAAGUUGGCACCAGGCUACAGGAAGGUUCAAGCGACUUUAACUCUGUGAAAGAGGACCUCAAGAAGGGCCAGCAAGUACUCGAGAGGGAGCUCAGUUUAUUUCAAGACCUGCUCAAGAAAAAAAAGCUAGUCUGACUAGGGGGUGGGGGACGGGGAAACUCGCUCUAUCGUCGAGGCCGUGUUUGGCGCCGCGGUAUGCAGGCGACAUAUUUUGGCUGCGGGUGGUUGGUUGCGUCGUCGCGACUUGCGCGUGUGCUCUCCGUUCAAGUGAAGGUUUCGGGUCAUGAAAUGGGCCUUACUCCCUUCGACCGUCCGCAAGUGGCGUUGUGCUGUGUGACGUAUGGCAUGAUGACUUCAUGGUUGCAAAAUUCAUCUCGGGUAGGGUGAGUUGGAGCCGAAGGUUUAUUUACACUUGGCACUAUGCACGCUCUCCUUGGUCUAGUAUCGCGGGGGUACCGAUACCGAGGCAAGCGUGAGUGUUAGACUAUUGAAGGUGCGCCGGCUCGCGUAGUUUUUUUCUGUUGGUCGCCCGUUGUCGGUGGCGUCUCCUUUGCUCAAGCGGAAGUCUCUUCACAUUGGACCUACGUGGCCACGCCUUGUAGAAGGCCACAUGUUCCGUACCAUAAUAUAUUUCAACAUGUUGGCCAUGGCAUGUGAUGUAAAGGCUUUUGCAGUCACCUAUGUAGCUGCGUAUUAUAGGCGAGAUACAACACAGGCGUUGGACGAUACACUAGGCGAGUCUCUGUUCUUCCUUUGUGGUGGUGAUUUUUUUGUUUUACGUUCUGUCUUUGCCAUGGGUAGGUAAGUUUGACUGCGGUGAACGAACCCAAUAUUAUAGUCGAAUGCUUUUUAUCUC